AUGUCUGAUAAUUUAUCGAAUGGGGGUAAUAAAUCUUUUUGGGGUUUUAUGGAUUUUACUUGGUGGUGCGACCAUGUCAUUGCUACUGUAGAUAGGAAUGGGGUGGUUAUGUUGAUAGACAUUCUAAAUGGUUCAAAGGUCCAGGAAGAGGAUCCUGCACAUUUUUUCCCCGCUCUGGGAAGAGCGCAGAAAUGUAAGGGCUAUCUUUUUCUUUUAGCAAGUUUAUCAUCCAAAGAAAGAUCCAGUCCUGAUUUUGGAUUUCCAGAGGAGUUGUGCCAGACAGAGUGGAUUGUUGAAGACAGGCUUAAACAGUUUCACCUUUCUAGGUUGCUCUGGUUCCUUGUUUCAUUUUCUAAGAAAUCUAUCCCUGAAAUGUAUGGUCUACUGAUUGGGAAGAGAAGUUAUCAAGCUGCUCUGAACUUUGCCGACAGUCAUGGAUUGGAUAAGGAUGAAGUUCUGAAGUCACAGUGGUUGAAUUCUAGCCAAGGAGUAAAUGAAAUUAGUAUGUUUUUGGCAAAUAUAAAGGAUAAAAAAUUUGUACUUUCAGAAUGUGUUCAUAGAGUUGGACCAACAGAAGAUGCUGUGAAGGCUUUGUUGGCUUAUGGUCUACGCAUCACUGACCAUCAUAGAUUCUCAGAAGUAGAUGAUGAUGAUUCUAGUCAUGUAUGGGAUGUUCGCUUGGCUAGACUUCAAAUUUUGCAAUUUAGGGACAGGCUGGAAACAUUUCUUGGAAUAAACAUGGGCAGAUUUUCUGUGCAGGAAUACAGCAAAUUCCGUAUUAUGCCUAUUAAUGAAGCUGCUGUAGCACUUGCAGAAAGUGGAAAAAUUGGUGCAUUGAACUUGCUUUUCAAGCGUCAUCCUUAUUCUUUGUCUCCCUUUGUUUUGGAUGUUUUAGCCUCCAUCCCAGAAACAGUUCCUGUCCAAAUUUAUGGUCAGCUUCUUCCUGGGAGGUCUUUUCCUUCUGGUGUUGCUGUGAGGCAAGAUGAUUGGGUUGAAUGCACGAAGAUGGUGGGCUUCAUUAGUACACCAGUUAAAUACGAUGACAUUCAAAUCCAAAUCAAAACUGAGCCACUUGUUAAGCAUUUUGUUGGACUUCUUUGGCCAUCAAUUGAUGAGCUCUCAAAAUGGUAUAUUGAUAGAGCUAGAGCUAUAGAUGAUUUUAGUGGGCAGCUUGAUAAUUGCCUGAGCUUACUUGAGUUUGCUCUUCGUAAAGGCAUAUCUGAGUUGCAGCAGUUCCAUCAGGAUGUCUUAUACUUGCAUCAAGUUAUUUACUCUGAUGACAAUGAUAGCGAAACGGGCUUACGUAUGAGUCUUGUCAUGUGGGGAGAGUUGCCAGACUAUGAAAGAUUUAAAUUUAUGCUUAAGGGAGUCAAAGAGGAAAGUGUAACUGAAAGAUUACACAACAGAGCUAUUCCAUUUAUGCGUGAAAAGUUUCACAGGGUGUCCUUAUUUGGAGAUGGCACCCGUAGUACAAAUCAAAGUAUAGAGGAAUCAUUUCUAGUAAGAUGGUUGAAGGAAAUUGCUUUGCAGAAUAAAUUGGACAUGUGCUUGGUGGUAAUUGAGGAAGGGUGCAGAAACUUCCAAAGCAAUGUCUAUUUUGAAACUGAAGUUGAGGCUAUUGAUUGUGCUUUGCAAUGCAUAUAUUUGUGCACAAUUACAGAUAGGUGGAGCAUCAUGGCAGCCAUACUAUCUAAGCUUCCUCAAAUGCACGAUGGUGCAAUUCAAGUUGAGACUCUUGAGAGAAGACUUAGAGUUGCUGAAAGUCAUAUUGAAGCAGGGAGACUUUUGGCAUUUUACCAGGUUCCGAAGCCAUUAAACUUUUUCCUAGGGGCUCAAUCAGAUGAAAAGGGUGUGAAACAGAUUAUUCGCCUUAUUCUUUCUAAAUUUAUUCGCCGUCAGCCUGGCCGAUCAGAUAGUGAAUGGGCCAGCAUGUGGCGUGAUAUGCAGUACUUGCGGGAAAAGGCAUUUCCUUUUCUGGACCUAGAAUAUAUUUUGAUUGAGUUUUGCAGAGGACUGCUUAAAGCUGGGAAGUUUUCUCUUGCACGUAAUUACUUGAAGGGUACAAGUUCCGUUUUGUUAGCAUCAGAGAAGGCAGAAAACCUUGUCAUUCAAGCAGCUAGGGAGUACUUUUUCUCAGCUUCAAGUAUUUCUUGUUCCGAAGUCUGGAAAGCUAAAGAAUGUCUUAAUCUAUAUCCAAGUAGUGGAAAUGUGAAGGCAGAGGCGGAUAUUAUUGAUGCACUCACAGUUAAGCUUCCAAACCUUGGGGUGAAUAUUCUGCCCAUGCAAUUCAGGCAAAUAAAAGAUCCUAUGGAAAUUGUAAAAAUGGCAAUCACAAAUCAAACUGGAGCAUAUUUUCAUGUUGAGGAGCUUGUUGAGGUUGCCAGACUUCUUGGCUUGAGGUCUGCUGAUGAUGUAUCAGCUGUUGAAGAAGCUAUUGCUAGAGAAGCUGCAGUUUCUGGGGAUUUACAAUUGGCAUCUGAUCUUUGUCUUGUUUUGGCCAGAAAAGGACAUGGCAACAUAUGGGAUUUAUGUGCUGCAAUUGCAAGAGGUCCUGCCCUUGAAAAUAUGGAAGUAGAUUCUCGAAAGCAGCUAUUAGGGUUCGCGUUGAGCCACUGUGAUGAGGAAUCCAUCGGUGAGCUUCUCCAUGCAUGGAAAGACCUGGAUAUGCAAGGCCAGUGUGAAACAUUAAUCAUGUCAACUGGGACAAAUCCUUCAAAUUUUUCAGUGCAAGGCUCAACUGUUGAGUCAAUUCAUAAACAAAGUUUUCAAAAUAUACUAGAUCGAAAUGUGCAUUUUCAAGAGUUCGAUGGUUAUAGCACUGACAAUCAGGAUGUCCACCUUGAGAAAAUUAGAGAAAAGCUUUCCAUUGUUGCUAAAACCUUGGCUGCGGGCAAUCAAACUGAUUGGGCGUCAGGCUUGACUGAAAAUGGGAAAGUUCUGUCUUUUGCUGCCUUACAGCUCCCUUGGUUGAUUGAAUUGAGUAGGAAUGGAUAUCCUAGUGAAAAAUUGAGUACUAGAAAGCAGUAUUUAAACAUCAAAGCACAGGCUGUGGUGACUAUUCUGUCCUGGUUGGCUAGAAAUGGUUUUGCCCCCAGAGACAACUUGAUCGCCUCUUUAGCAAGAUCUGUUAUGGAACCUCCAGUCACUGAAGAGGAAGAUAUAAUCGGGUGCUCCUAUCUUCUCAAUCUUGCGGAUGCUUUUAACGGGGUGGAAGUUAUAGAAGAACGGCUCAAAAUAAGAAAAGACUACCAAGAAAUUUGUAGCAUUAUGAAUGUUGGGAUGGCAUAUAGCUUGCUACACAACUCAGGAGUAGGUAGUGACCAUAUUCAGCGAAAGCAGCUAUUGAAGAGGAGGUUCAAGGAAAAACACACAACACCCAGUUCUGACGAUAUAGAUAAACUUGGCAAGGUACAGUCUUCUUUCUGGAGAGAGUGGAAACUAAAGUUAGAAGAGCAAAAGAGAUUCGCUGAGCAUUCUAGAGCUCUACAGAAAAUAAUUCCUGGGGUUGAAACAGAGCGCUUUUUGUCCAGGGAUUCCAUCUACAUUGAGAAUGUUGUUAUCUCUCUUAUUGAGUCUGUAAAGUUAGAAAAAAGGCAUAUUUUGAAGGACGCUUUAAGAUUGGCUGAUACAUAUGACUUGAACAGUACUGAGGUGCUAUUGCAUUUCCUAAGUGCUGUCCUUGUUUCUGAUGUUUGGACAAAUGAUGAAAUUACAGCCGAAGUUGCAAGUUAUAAAGGAGAAAUAAUUGGUAAUGGUGUGAAAACCAUUGAAACCAUCUCAACAAAGGUUUAUCCAGCAAUCAACGGGUGCAGCAAACUUCGCCUUGCCUAUGUGUUUGGUUUGUUGUCAGAGUGCUACUUGCAGCUGGAAAAUACCAAAGAUUUAUCACCAAUAGCACAACCUGAUCACACAAAUGGAAAUAUAAGGAUGUCUACAAGUAUUACAUCCUGA